AUGAAAACUUCUCAGAUGAAUAUGUCAACGAUUUCAGAGAAAGACUGGAAAACAGCUCUGACCGAGAUCCUCGAAGAGCUCGAUGAGCCACAGUACAAGAAGAUGAUGUUUAUUCUGUCGGACAUCGGCAAAAGAGUAAAGACCACCAAGUCCAGAGAAGAGAUGCCCCAAGUAAUCAUCGAGCACUACGGAGUAGAAACAUCUGUCCAUAAAAUCUAUGAAAUAAUGGAUCAAAUACCUCGGAGGGACGCUGCAGUGCAGGACCGACUGCGCCCCUUUGUGGAAAGACUGAAGAAGAAACAGGAGGAUGAGAGAAGAGCACCGGGACCAUCAACAGGAGCAACUGGUGUCAGAGCUCUGACUGACGAGUCUGUCUCCUCAAGUUCAAGGAAAAGGAAGGUGGACAAGACUGAAUCAGCUGGAUCAGUGAUGCCCAAAAAGAAGAAGACAGAGAACAAAGUUUCAUCCCUGAAAUCAACUGGGGCCACCAAAACUACCAAGGCUGCUGCACCAGAGAAGCCCAAAGAGAAGGAGAACAAACAGAAAGCUAAGAAAAAAGAUGAGCUGAGGAGCCUGCAGCCUGAUGAGAGGAAAUCCAUCCAUGAUGUAAAGAUCAGCGGUGACCUUGGAAACAAACCCAUAGCUGGCAAAGUUCUGGCGAAAUCUGUUCUGCGUACAUCUAAACCCCCCAAAAAAGAGAAGAUGUUUUUCUUUUACCUGGGGGUGGCUGAUGAAACAGGCAGCAUUAAAGUGGUGGUGUAUGGAAGAGAGCGCUAUCAGCGUUUCCAGGAGAAGAGCUGCUACCUGUUCAGAAAUGUCAUCAUGGACGAAAAUGUCAUGAAAGUGACCAAAAAGAGCGGCAUAUCAAAGAUGGCACCUAUUGAUGUUCCUGAGAAUCUGGAGAUGGAAGCUCAGAGACUCGGUUAUUCCCAGACUCCAGUUUGCUCCAUCAGACAGGCCAUCGGAUCAGAGGGGAAGACAUCAGUGAGUGUUGAAGGAAAAGUAACGGAGUCUGUCUCCUCAAGUUCGAGGAAAAGGAAGGUGGACAAGACUGAAUCAGCUGGACCAGUGACGCCCAAAAAGAAGAAGACAGAGAACAAAGUUUCAUCCCUGAAAUCAACUGGAGCCACCAAAACUACCAAGGCUGCUGCACCAGAGAAGCCCAAAGAGAAGGAGAACAAACAGAAAGCUAAGAAAAAAGGUAAAAGCGAGUUUGUGGAUAAACACAGGAUGAAACUGAUCGAGCGUGUGAGCAAUGUCAAUCCGAUCCUUGAGGAACUCUUUAAAAAAAAGGUUAUCCAGCAAGACGCUUAUGAUAAAAUCGACAAGCUAAAGACUUAUGAGGACAAGAUAAGAGCACUCUACAAUGGACCUCUGAAGGCAGGUGAUAGUGCCAAAGAGGUCUUCUACAUAGCCCUUAAUAAACAUGAGAAGAUGCUUAUGAAGGACCUCAGCUGA